GUCAACGUCAACGUCAACUUCUGAGUUCUAUCGUGUCGUUUCAUUGACUUGUCAGUCAAGUGCCAUAAUGUAAAUCAAAUGAGUCAGUUUCAAGUGUAAUUGUAGUGUCAAUCAAUAGAAACAAUAACACCAUUCAUUCACUGAAGCAUAUCAGUCGUACUCGUCGAAUGUGUUCUUGCGGUUCUGCAGUUAAUGUGUUGAAACUGUUUGCUCAUGUUUUAGGUUGUAGGAGUGUAGGACUAAAUACAAAUUAUUCUGCAUUAAACCAUGUUACUUUUGUCACAUGGUUGUCAUUAGGUUUAAUAGCAUAUACCUAACCAUUGGGUGACUUGACAUCUAAAUUUAUACUAUUAAACAUACUUCAAAAGGCAAACACAAUGCUGCCUGGUAUCGGUGUAUUUGGAACUGGGAACAUAAUAAAAAUUGCCGUACCAUUUCUAAGAGAAAAGGGGUUCAAAAUAGAAGCAAUUUGGGGACGAACUUUAGCUGCAGCAGAAGAGGUUGCCAAAGAACUAGAUAUACCUUUUUACACCAACAAAAUUGAUGACGUACUUUUAAGGAAAGAUGUUGAUCUGAUAUUUAUCAUAAGCUCGCCUAAUUUGCAUUCACAAAUUGCAGUGAAAGCCUUGGGAAUUGGCAAACAUGUUUUGUGUGAUAAACCUGCUGGAUUGUGUCAAAGUGAAGCCUUAAAAAUGGUAAGAGCUGCUCAGUACUACCCAUCAUUAAUAUCUAUAGUGAAUCAUAGUCUCAGAUUUCUCCCCGCUUUCUCUCAGAUGAGAAAGGCUAUUGCUGAUGGUUACCUAGGAACAGAAAAAGACAUAACUGUUUGUGAUGUCAGGGUUCAAAUGGGGAGUUUAUUGCAUGACACUUACGAUUGGCUAUGCGAUGGGACAAUGGGUGGAGGUGUUCUGACACUAGUCGGGAGUCAUGUAAUUGACUUAGUGUCUCAUUUAAUAUGUCAAAGAGCGGUCAAAGUACAUGGAGUUGUAAGAACAUUCAACAAACAAACAGAGCACGUUAAUGGCAUUAGAAACAUUUCAAGUCCUGAUUUUUGUUCAUUUCAAAUGGAAAUGAGUGGAGGAACAUUGGUUACCGUCACUUUGAACAAUCAUUUACCUGGCCAAUUCCAUCAAGAAUUUUUAAUUUGUGGUAAAGGUCAUUUAGUGGUUAGGGGUGGUGACUUGUAUGGAAUGAAACAAGGGGCAUCCAAAGAAGAUGUUAUAUAUUUAGACGUUGAAGACCUUCAAAAGUGUGGGAGCAUCAAUCCAGUCGUGGCCAAUUCCAUCCCUAAGCCUUAUAUGAAAGGACUGUUUAAAAUGAUGGGCGCACUGAAAGAAGCAUUCCUACCAGUUGAAGACAAACGAGGGUGGGUCAAAGAACCUGUAGCAUUAGCCGCAACAUUUGAAGAUGGAUUGUAUGUGCAAGCAGUGAUUGAUGCUCUGCGUAAAUCAAGUUCUAAUAAAGAAUGGGUUAAAGUAACAAUAAUCACUGAAGAACCAGAUCCUAACCCUCUUUUAAGUGCUGCAGUCAGGCGGAGUGGAAUAUCUGUUUAGACUUUAUUAGUGGCAGCCAGCCACAUUGGAUUCCGUUUUUGCAUGUAUCUUUAACUUGGUCACAUUAAUAGAUUAGUACACCGACUAAUAACUAUUUGCUAUCAGCAUUGUGUACUUAAUGAUGGAAACAAUUCAUAUUCAUAAUUUGUUUAGAUUUUUCUAUGUAUGAAUUUUUUACAAGUACGGUAGCUUUAAUGUUCAAACAAUAAAACAACCAACUAACUUAAAUCUGUUAACUUUGGUUUUCAUUUUUCACAAGUUCUGUACAUGUA